AUGUCGGCUCACCAGAACCCUCCAAAGAGACCGAGGCUGUCCCUCCAGAUCAAGACCAUAGCCAAUGGCCCCAACCUGAGAGGCUCCAGGACCGUGGCAGCAGCAGUCAACCCGACCUCGCCGACUGCCUUCAACACACUGUCCAAUGUCUACGUCACCGCCAUCGACAGGGCCACGCCCGUCACGGCCAUCAACACCUCGGCCAACCAGUCUCUGAAGAUCCAGACACAGGACCUCAACAAGGAGCAGCACCAUGGCUCACACACGCCCUACGCUUCCACGUACCUGGACACGCCACUCACGGCCCAACCGCUGUCGCCAGGAGCGAUAGCACCAGCCCCAGUGCAAUUCCCAAGCACCAUGACAGCCACUCCGCCCCUGUCGUCCGGGCCCGUCGACGACAGCGACCCCAAGCCAUUUUCCUUCUCGGCCGAGGACACAGCCGGCACACCGGCAGGGGGAGCCUCAGGCCCUUCCUGGGCACAAGGCGGCUUCCCCCCGUCGUCCGCCUCGACGCCGACGGGGACCUCACGGCGGCGGGCCACGCUGCCCCUCAGCGUCGCGAACUCCUCCGGGCUGUCCCUCCCCUACGUGCGCAACCGCUCCCUGCACAGCAUCCUGCGGAACUCGCCGCUGCCGCCGCCGACGGCCAAGACGCCCAUCUCGCCGCCGCCAGCCGCCCGCCGCGUGGGCUACGGGAGCCCCAUCGAGCAGGAGAUCACCACCAACGAGUACGUGAGGUCGCACAUCGACCUGCUGGCCGACGAGGUCUCGCCGCGGUCGGCGACCUCCCCCUUUGGCGUCACCACCCCGGGCACCGCGGCCGCGGGCGCCUCCGCCGGGGUGUCGUCGCCAAUGGACCAGAUGGUCCUCGACACGACCAUGGCCUACACGGGCGACGAGACCCGCGACGGCGGCCAGACCCCGGGCCCCUUUGAGGAGAUGAGACGACGCAUGGCCGGGCUGGUGACCAGGACGCCUACUUCGCCGACAGUACCGUCGACGUCGUCGCCAUCCGGCGGCAUCAGGAAAAAGAGGAAGACCAGGGAGACCAAGAGGCGCUGGGUGUGGACCAUCGGCACGCAGGACGACGAUGCCGAUGAUCGGGAGGUGGGCGGCGCCAUCGCCGCCAUUCGGGCGGCCGCCAGGGCGCAGGCGCAAGCCGAGGGUCAGCCCAGAAGCACCACGGACGGCGGUGCUGCUCCUGCUCCUGCCGCCGCCAUGGCCCCGCCGCCGGUCGUCGUGGAGCCGGUGGCACCGUCGCCGAUGGAGAUCCCGACGCCCAGCAUCGAGACGUUCGACGAGGCGGCGGCCGAGGACGUGGUCAUGUCCGAGUCCGACGCAGAGGCAGAGGCAGAGGCUGAGGCAGAGGCUGAGGCUGAGGCUGAAGCCGCAGAGGGCAGCGGCGGCGCGCUGGCCGUGAGCACCGACAUGGAGGUCGACCUGGUGACACCGACAGUGGCGCGGAGGAACAACGCCCACCUGAGGUCGGUGAGGCAGGACUCAGAAUGUCUCUUCAACUCGGAGACGGGGAGCCGGCGGGACACGCCGAUCCCUGCGGAUCUGAUCUCGCACGCGGACUAG